CACCAAACUGGCCUAAAGUAUUCCAUCUGGAUACGUCUCCGGGGAGAGACGACACCAAUGAUUUGUUCUCGGCUCCUCGCCCCCUCCCCAGACUGAUGGGCCGUCAGCAAUGACGCGAAAUAAGAGCAAAUUCUGCGCUAACUCGUCUAUGUAUCUUUAAUACGUUCAUCAUUCAAAAACAUCCCACGGCCAUAGGAUACUGUAUGCUGCUGCAGCACCCAUACUCUCAGAUACUCAGAUUGUGAGAGUUAAACAAGUGAUGGAGAAGCUUUGGUCGUUGUUCUGCGGCACGCCAGAUUGCAUCCAUCAGAAUGGAAACCCAUGUGUUGCUGAUUUGGUCUUUGUUACCCACUCUUCCUCCUGUAUCAAUAGUGUGUUGGUCAUAAGUUUUGAUGUUAUUAUUUUGCUCAUGCUUCUAUUCGCCUCACUGUCCAAGUCCACAUCAAAACGUAUGAGUACGCAUGGUAUUAGUUGGUUGCAGUUGAUAUCGUCCACCUUUAAUGGCUUAGUAGGCUUGAUAUAUUUGUCACUGGGAAUUUGGACUUUACAAGAGGAAGUGAGGAAAACGAAAAGCAUGUUACCUAUACAUUGGUGGUUAAAAUUCUUGUUUCAUGGAACGACAUGGUUAUUAUUUAGUUUAACUGUGACCCUCCGUGGAAAAUAUUUUUCGGAUGCCUUAGUUAAGCUCUUGACCAUUUUUGCUUUUGUCUUCACUGGAAUUGCUUUUUGUUUCUCUCUUGUGAUUGUUAUUGUUUAUAAAGAAGCACCAUUUAAGAUGGCUUUAGAUGUACUGUCUAUCAUAGGAGCAAGUAUAUUGUUACUACAGACAUACAAGAGCUCUAGAUUUGAAGAUAGUGAUCUUUAUGCUCUGUUAAAUGGUACUGGCACUGGCAGAAACAAAGUUGAUCAUGUAGGAUCUGUGAGUAAGUUUGCUGGAGCUGGGACAUUGAGUACAAUCACAUUUUGGUGGUUGAAUCCAUUGAUGAAACUGGGCAGGGAAAAAACUAUUGAGGAUAGAGACAUACCCAAAUUGCGUAAGCCGGAUAGGGCAGAAUCAUGUUACUUGAUGUUUAUGGAAGUACUGAAUAAACAGAAAAUGCUGGACCCUUUGGGCCAACCUUCGAUCCUGAGGACAAUAGUCUUGUGCCACCAGAAGGAGCUCUUUGUGUCCGGAUUUUUUGCACUUCUGAAGGUCAUUACUGUUUCUGCUGGUCCAAUGAUUCUCAAUUCCUUCAUUGAGGUCGCUGAAGGGAACACUAGUUUUAAAUAUGAAGGAUAUGUGUUGGCAUUACUGCUUUUCAUUUCAAAGUGCCUCGAAUCUUUGUCACAGAGACAGUGGUACUUCAGAAGCAGACUAAUUGGUUUAAAAGUCAGGUCAUUGCUCACAGCAGCCAUAUAUAAGAAGCAAAUGAGAUUAUCCAAUGCUUCAAAGCUAACCCAUUCUGCUGGUGAGAUUAUGAACUAUGUCACUGUGGAUGCUUAUCGAAUUGGUGAAUUCCCAUUUUGGUUACAUCAAAUAUGGACUACAAGUCUUCAGCUCUGCUUCGCACUUGCAAUUCUCUUUCAGGCUGUUGGGAUUGCAACUUUUGCAUCCUUGAUGGUAAUUAUACUAACAGUUCUCUGUAAUGCUCCGCUUGCAAAAUUGCAACAUAAAUUCCAAUCAAAGCUGAUGGAUGCCCAAGAUGAGAGGCUUAUGGCUAUGUCAGAAGCUCUUGUGAAUAUGAAGGUUUUGAAAGUGUAUGCAUGGGGAAGUCACUUCAAAAAUGUCAUUGAGAGUUUGAGGAAAGUAGAAGAAAAGUGGUUAUCAGCAGUUCAAAUGCGCAAAGCAUAUAAUAGCUUUCUCUUUUGGUCCUCACCCGUCUUAGUCUCAACGGCUACUUUUGGAGCUUGCUACUUUCUUGGAGUCCCAUUGCAUGCAAGCAAUGUCUUUACCUUUGUAGCAACUCUUCGCCUGGUUCAAGAUCCUGUAAGAAUGAUUCCAGAUGUUAUUGGUGUAGUGAUUCAAGCAAAAGUUUCUUUUGAAAGAAUCAUCAAAUUUCUUGAGGCUCCAGAGCUCGAGAAUGCUAAUGUGAGGCGGAAGCAUUAUGUUCACAAUACAGCUAGUUAUGCAGUAUGUUUCAGGUCAGCCAAUAUUUCGUGGGAAGUGAAUCCUUUAAAGCAUACACUUCAAAACAUUACUUUGGAUGUCUUGCCAGGCAAUAAAAUUGCUAUUUGCGGGGAGGUGGGCUCGGGAAAAACUACUCUUCUGGCAACAAUUCUAGGAGAAGUCCCAAGCAUCCAAGGAAUUGUUGAGGUAUAUGGGAAAAUUGCCUAUGUCUCCCAAUCAGCUUGGAUUCAGACAGGAACCAUAAGAGAGAAUAUUCUAUUUGGUUCUGCAUUCGACAGCCGAAAAUACCAGGAAACCUUGGAGAAAUGCUCACUGGUAAAGGAUCUGGAGCAACUUCCUUAUGGCGAUCUGACUGAAAUAGGAGAAAGAGGAGUUAAUCUCAGUGGUGGCCAGAAGCAACGUAUCCAACUUGCUCGUGCUUUAUAUCAAGAUGCUGAUAUCUAUCUUUUGGAUGAUCCUUUCAGUGCUGUUGAUGCACAUACUGCUGCAAGCCUAUUCAAUGACUAUGUCAUGGAAGCUCUCUCACGCAAGACUGUCUUGCUUGUCACUCACCAAGUUGAUUUUCUUCCCGCAUUUGAUAUUGUCCUGCUGAUGUCGGAUGGACAAAUUUUACAAGGAGCCCCCUAUCAUCAGUUAUUGGCUAUGAGCAAAGAAUUUCAGGGAUUGGUUGCAGCACAUAAACAGAUUGCCGGUUCGGAAAAGCUAGCAGAGGCUACUUCUUUACAAAUGAAUGAAAUAUCUACUGGAGAUAUUGGAACGACCCCACUUGAAAACCAGGCUGAAUACUGCACAGGGGAUCAGCUUAUUAAGAAAGAAGAGAGGGAAGUAGGGGACAUUGGACUAAAGCCUUAUUUGCACUAUCUAAGUCAGAACAAGGGCUACUUGUUCUUUUCUUUGGCUGUGUUGUCACACAUUAUAUUUGUGAUCGGACAAGUAUUACAAAACUCAUGGAUGGCUGCUAGUGUUGAAAAUUCUAAAGUUACUACUAUAAAGCUUAUUGCAGUGUACUUGCUAAUUGGCGUCAUUUCACUGAUAUUCUUGCUCACUAGAUCUAUAUCAACAGUCACUCUGGGUUUGCAAUCAUCACAUUCUAUGUUCUCACAACUCUUAACCUCUCUUUUUCGAGCACCCAUGUCAUUUUAUGACUCCACACCAUUAGGAAGGAUACUCAGCCGGGUGUCGGUUGAUCUGAGUGUUGUUGAUCUCGAUGUUCCAUUUAACUUGAUUUUUGCAUUUGGAGCAACCAUGAACUUUUAUUCUAAUCUUAUUGUGCUAGCCUUUGUUACAUGGCAAGUCCUGUUUGUAUCCAUACCAAUGAUUUAUCUUGCCAUUCAGUUACAGAGAUACUACUUUUCCUCUGCCAAAGAACUUAUGCGAAUUAAUGGGACUACCAAAUCAUUUGUGGCAAACCACUUGGCUGAAUCUCUUGCUGGGUCAAUGACAAUUAGAGCAUUUGAACAGGAGGAUAGAUUCUUUGUGAAGAAUCUCGAGCUAGUUGAUGUAAAUGCUAGUCCCUUUUUCCACAAUUUUGCAGCAAAUGAGUGGUUGAUUCUAAGGCUAGAAACAAUCAGCGCGACUGUUCUUGCCUCAUCUGCGCUUUGCAUGGUUUUGCUUCCACUCGGGACUUUCAGCUCAGGUUUGAUUGGGAUGGCAUUAUCUUAUGGUCUAUCCCUAAACAUGUCCCUCGUUAAUUCAAUCCAGAACCAGUGCACCAUAGCAAAUUAUAUCAUUUCUGUUGAAAGACUAAAGCAGUACAUGCAUGUACCGAGCGAAGCUCCUGAGAUCAUUGAAAAGAAUCGCCCUCCUGUCAAUUGGCCGACAAGAGGGAGAGUGGAGAUUCAAGAUUUGCAGAUCCGGUACAGGGAAGGUAGUCCACUGGUUCUACGAGGAAUUAGUUGUACUUUUGAAGGAGCACAUAAGAUUGGUAUUGUAGGUAGGACAGGAAGUGGGAAAACUACCCUUAUUGGUGCACUCUUCCGUCUGGUUGAGCCAGCAGGUGGUAGGAUUGUGGUGGAUGGAAUUGACAUCUCUAAGAUUGGACUUUGUGAUUUGAGGUCUCGCUUUGGGAUCAUUCCGCAAGACCCUACCCUUUUUAGUGGAACUGUGAGAUACAAUCUUGAUCCACUCUGUCAGCACACUGACCAGCAAAUAUGGGAGGUUCUUGAGAAGUGCCAGCUUAAGGAGGCCGUGGAGGAGAAAGGAAAAGGGCUCAACUCUGUGGUGGUGGAAGAUGGAUCAAACUGGAGCAUGGGACAGAGACAGUUGUUCUGCCUUGGGCGUGCGCUGUUGAAGAAAAGCAAGAUUUUAGUGCUUGACGAAGCAACUGCAUCAAUUGACAACGCCACAGACAUGAUUCUACAGAAAACAAUCCGGACAGAAUUCGCUGAUUGCACGGUCAUCACAGUUGCUCACAGGAUACCCACCGUUAUGGAUUGCACAAUGGUUCUUGCCAUUAGUGAUGGGAAACUUGUGGAGUAUGAUGAACCAAUGAAGUUAAUGAAGACAGAGGGAUCACUCUAUGGACAGCUUGUCAAAGAGUAUUGGUCUCACUACCGCUCAGCACAGUCCCGCUUCGGCUAAACUUUUUACUCAUGCAUCCCUAAUAAUAAUAAUAAUGGAUUUUAGUUCACUGGAAUAAUAGUAAUAACAUUAACAUAUGAAUUGAUCUAGAGUAAGAGAGAUGUUGUUACGAUAAUUCUCUGGAUUGGUCAUCAAACUCUCUUCAUGCAGAAAAAAAAUAGUUAUAGAGAUU